AUGUCUUUGUUGCUCGGUCUCGUUGCAAUGUUUUCUCGUCUUACAUCAUGCACUCUUCGACCAGCAGUAUUUUUCUCAUCUACUGCCAGAUUAUUUGACAAUGAACUUGCGGAAUCACGAGAAAAAGUCAGGGCAGAACUUAGGCAACAAGGGCUCACUGACCGCAUCCACACUACAGCAUCUGAUUUCAAUAAAAAAGAUUUGGAGGCACUAGGAGUGAGCUUCCAACCAGCUCUCAAGUGCCACGUCCUCCCUGAUGAUGUAGAAGUCACUGGCUUUCCAGACAAAUACGCUCUUCCAAAAAUUGAUAUCCAAACGAUUACAGAUAGAAAAUUUAAUGUUGACAAUCUUAAAGAAAUUUCAGACACUCAAGUCAAAGCAUUCUUAAUCGAUCUGAACGAAGUUUCCAGGAAUUUAGGUUCCGAUGAAGGCAUGGACGAAUCUGUGACUGACACACUGUUAACUACUCUACUAGUUCAGGUUCUUGGCCUGCAUAACCAUCCCUUGAGAGUUAGACAGCACCUGCGAUGCAGAUUAUACAUCCUAAGCGAGCCUUAUGUUACAGCAAGACCUGAAUUUGUGGUCAAUAGGGGUAAUACUUCUAUGAUUGUUGUAGAGGAUAAACAUCUGAGAACUAAAAACCUUAUCUAUUCGAAAGGUCAUGGGGAAGCACAGAUGGCUGCCGAGAUACUGGCGUGUGGAAAUGAAAAUAUUCGUCAAAUUGACCGUCAAACUGGCGUAAUUUCGGAUCAAACUAUAUUUGGGGUUCGCGCCAUCUCCUCAUAUUUUACAUUUUACAAAACUGUAAUCUCUUCAAAAUAUUGGGAUGAACUUGAUUUCAGCUUACCACAGCAAGAGUCAGUUCUUAUUAAAAGAUGGCCACAGAGGGAACGUCCAGAGACUGGUCUGGACAUUGCAACACCGGAUGGGAGACGAGAAGUGUUGGAAGCAUUGGCCAGAAUUCGACAGUUUCUUUUGCAAUAA